AUGCAGUCCAUGCCAUUAUUACUUCGGCAAUCCAUCCGUUCAACUCUACAAGUCACACGCUCAACACCCAGACCAUUGCACGCAAUCUUCCGACCGACACCGCCGAGCUCUUUUCCCGCUGUCCCGACGCGGAACUUCUCAAUCUGCCUCCAAUGCCGGUUCCGCCGACAGUCGGGACUAUACUCAGCAUACGAUGAUAAAGGGAAGCCAAUUAAUGAUGCGGAGAGACUGCACCAGGCUAUAAAGGAGGCUUCCUCGGACGCGAUUCCCAUCCCGGAGACUGGGACCGUUGGCAAGGAACCUCCGCUGGAUGCCUCCGCGGUAGAGGUCGAUCGCGCCGCGGAGCAGGGGGCAUCUCAGGAGGUUGAGAAGGAGUCAAUUUAUAGGACGGAGUCGGAGCAAGCAAACAGUCAGGAAACAGGUGCCGAUGGUGUUCGGAGCGGCGGACUCCCGUCGUAUUUGGAGAGUCGUCGGUCACAGAUGUCGAAGCAAUUCACGACUAUGAUGGAUAAUAUCCAGUCCAAUGUAUUUGUGGCUGGACAGCGUCUAAACGACUUGACGGGCUACUCUGGGAUCGAAGCUUUGAAGAACGAGAUUCACAGCCAAGGUAAGAACCCAUGCAUAUCUCCAAAACAGGUCGCGUAUCUUGAAUCUAGAGCUAACUUCUUCUUGUUCCACAUAGAGGAACGACUCCGAGCCGCCAGAUCAAACGUUCGAAAAGCCAAGGACGAAUACUCAGCCGCUAUCACCCGUCGCUCGACCUCCCAGCGUGAAGUCAAUGAGCUCCUCCAGCGCAAACACGCUUGGUCUCCAACAGACCUGGAGCGAUUCACCCUUCUCUACCGAAACGACCAUACCAAUGAGGUUGCUGAGGCGGAAACGCAAGAAGCCCUCUCCGCCGCCGAGCGCGAGGCCGAAGAGGCGGCCGCUUCAUUGAGCAAGAGCAUUCUAUCCCGCUACCACGAGGAGCAGGUGUGGUCUGAUAAGAUCCGCCGCAUGAGUACCUGGGGAACCUGGGGUCUUAUGGGUGUCAACGUCCUGCUGUUCCUGAUAUUCCAGAUUGCUGUGGAGCCAUGGCGCCGGCGCCGACUGGUCAAGGGCUUCGAGGAUAAGGUUGUUGAGGCUAUUGAGAAGGAGAAGGCGUUGAUUCGCACCGAGAUUGCCGAAGGCACUACACCCGCCUUCGCUGCUUUGGCCUCGGCUACUCCCGAACAGGUUGAUUCUGCGAUCGAAUCUUCUAUCUCCACCCUUGAGACCUCUACUACCGAGGAGCCGGCGAAGCCAAUAGUGGAGAGUAGUAACACAGCCGCACUCGUGUCUGAGACACCACCCACGGCUACUCCCGAGUCUCUUUACUCCCGUCUCUCUAAUAUCUCCUCCUCGCCUCUCUCCCUUGAAUACUGGCAGACCGCUUUCAAUGAACUCUUCAGCGAGCGCAGCGUCUCUACUUCACAACGUGAUCUUACCGUCGCUUCUAUUCAAAGUGCCGCAGCCGGUGCAGCCGUGAUGGGCUUGGUGAUUGCCUUGGUAAAUCCCCGAUAG